UGCAGGAACGUAAACGACUUGGUCACUCUACACAUCUUAAUAGUUGUCAAAUUAAAACAUUCCUAGUAACAACAAUUUGUAAUUUUUAAUAUGUUUAUUGUUGCCGUCACUGGGGGCAUUGCUACGGGCAAGAGCACCGUCAGCAAAGUGUUUGAAAACCAGGGCAUUCCUGUGAUAGACGCUGAUAAAAUAGCCAGGGAGAUUGUGGAACCAGGUCAACCAUGUUGGCAAAAGAUUCGGGAAAUUUUCGGCGAUGAAGUGCUGUUGCCCAGCAAGGAGAUAAACCGAGCCGCCUUGGGAAAGAUGAUCUUCGAGGAUAGGGAGCUGCGUGGGAAGCUGAACAAGAUCACGCAUCCUACCAUUCAUCGGAAGAUCUUCUGGCGGGUGUGCAAGCUGCUGGUCACGGGGCAUGCUUGGAUCGUCCUCGACCUGCCACUUCUCUUCGAAACCGGCAUCCUAAUGGACUUUAUACACAAGAUUGUCUGUGUGUCCUGCGAUUCGGAGAAGCAGCUGGAGCGACUGAUUGCCCGCAACGAGCUGUCGGAAACAGAGGCACGGCAUCGCGUUGAAUCGCAAAUGCCGCUGGAGAAGAAGUGCGAAAAGUCCCACUUUGUUAUUGACAACAACGGCGAUAAGGAGGAUACUGAAGCCUCUGCAAUGAACAUUUAUAACAUGAUGUGCGAGUCCAAGCAGCACUGGCUCAACCGAAUCAGCUUUCUGGGCAUCUUUCUGGUCGUGUGCUUUUUCAUAUACCUAAUGCUGAAACUGUUCAAUCGGCUGCCCGAAUCCUGGCAGAUGUAGAGUCCCGCCCAUCAAAGGCGUUUGUGCCAUUGUGACGCUAUUUAACGUGUUUAAUGCAAUUGAAACCAAACCCCAUAAAAAUUGGGGUAUUCCCUGUACAGAACUAAAUGUCUGAAAAUAUCGGCAAAAUUACCUAAUAAUCCGGCUAAAUAAAUAGCCGAUAUGUCUGGUAGGGAUUACCCUGAAUAACUAACGCUUGCUAGUAAAAUAUAUACACAAAAAUCACUUGUA